UAAUAAUCCAACAGUUGAAGUGAAAAAUACCGAUUCCAUACCAUCCACAAAAAUUGCCUUUUCUUUUGCCAUAUUGUACACAAAAAGAAGAAGUUGUUGCGAGGAAGAAACAAUCGGUUGAAGUUACCUCGCAUUUUCAGCAAAGCGAGAACCUACAAUCUGCUGCUCCAACAGUCUCAUGCUUCAGAAUCACGCGACCAAAUAGUUUGCGGCUGAAAAUUCUUGAAAUCCCAUCGAAGGAAACAUAUACCCAUGGAUAUUCGACUUCGAAUCGGAAGCCUUUAUUCUCGUAAUUUAUGGAAUUUUACAUCGAUAAAUCACAAAAUUCUCCGACCCUGCUGUGCGAAGAGGCCACCGCCCCAGCAAAAUGGCGACAGCAACGAUAACAGUAAAGGUGAUAAAUUCUCAACAGAUUGGGACAAGGCCUGGUCAAGCUUCAAAAAGCAAGGAAAAAAAUCCUUGUUCUCAGAUUUCUCUCCCAACAAGUAUGUGAGCUGGAACCCUAGGCGGUCCGAGUUCCCACUUUCCGAGGAGGUUGACCCCAUUAAAAGAACGGAGAGGUCAAAUCUCAUGUUAUGGACCAGCCCCAGGUUCACUCUGGCUGGAGCAAUUGUUAUAGUUAGUUUUCUUUUGGUGUAUACAAUUCUAUCCCCAGUUACAUGAAUCUCUGCCAAACAAUUGUACCCAGUCACCUGCUACCUCUAUUCAUGUAAAUCUGCUGUUAUUUAUUGGAAUGGACGAGGAAUUCACUCCUUUUGCGUCUCAGAAGCAAAUGGGUCGUCCAGCAUGAUACUUAUUUUUCGAUAUUGUUAUUUUUUUGAUUGGUAUAUGAUGAAUGUUUGUGAUGUAAAGAAAUCAUCCGAUGACAGUAGGGUACAUUCUUCACCCACAUUUUGUAAA